AUGACCUUGGGAAUAAUGAAGUUGCCACAUGGCUCCAGCAACUUCAGGCUAGGUGCUUAUCUGGCCUGGAUCAAUGCCUGGCUCUCAACCUCUUCAGAUGGAGUAGGUGAUGGCACCGGAGAUAUCUUGCCCAUCGGCGAGAUGUCUGCUUGUUUCAAGGAGGACAACCUCAUUCAGCUCAUGGAUACUGGGAGACUGAAGCAGAUCAUCAGGUCGUUCCGCCAUAAGGUCGAUGCCAAAGAGAUCCUUCUUGGUGGAACUGUGCCUCCAUCCUGCGAUGAAACGAACAUUUUGACGCAACGUUAUGAUCCCCGGGUAUACUGCGACUGUGAUGGAAUAUAUCCAAUUCCCCAGGGUGCCACUAUCGAGUCCGUGCUGCAGCAGACCGAGUGCCUCGCCAUCAAGAAGAUGGUUGAAGUGACCAAACUGGUGAACGAAAAGGAGGAUGAAUGGAACCCACGAGAUCUGUUCACAGCACAACACCUUGAAGAUGCAGUGGCCGAAUACAUUCUUUCCAAUGCGGAUGAGCAGGAGCCUCCUACAACCUGUCUGGGGCCUAUGCCUAGCUUAUCCGAGAUAAAUGCGCCUGAUCGACGACCCAACCCCAAGUGUGAUACGGAUCCCUCCAUCUUUCAUCAACUAUACCCGACGAACGAGCAAAUCAAGAUCCUCACUGAUGCAAAGUACUUCUUCGCUAUUGCCUGCGGUGGAGGGUUCUGCGAUGAAGGGCUCACAAGGGCGGUAGCAGAGGCUGCCAACAAUAUCCUCAUUGCGGAUUACUGCGACGCAGCAGACGAACGAUCCCUAUUCCUACUCCAGGAAGUCGGCGCAGCAGCCACUGCAUUCCUGAAGCUUUGCCAUCUGGCUGGCGAAGUCACCGACUGGCAGUUCAACAACAACGUAGCCGUGACGCUCCAGUUCUGCGUCUUGGGGUACUUCCGUGACCACUCGCGCACUCGAAGGCCUGACGGGAUAUACGGCAGCUAUAUCACGGAUAUACUUAGCCACCGCUACAUCGACCUGGCCAUCUAUGUGGGCGUUGUGAACGCAUCGAUCGCUCUGAAAGAGGAGAUCACUAGGGAGCAGUACCAUUUGCUUGCAGAGGCAUGCUGUUAUAUCUGUGAUCUGAUCGACUUCCGUAGCGACGCAAAGAGAAAGUUGCGAGAGAAUGUCAUCCUGCGCGGUAUCCGUGGGGACCUUUGUGUAUAUCUCGACGGCUUGAUAUCGUCAUGCCUGAAGGCUACGACUCGGGCUAUCAAAUCCAGCCCUGUGAGUGCUCUUGUGGUUAUGAGUAUAGCCAACUGGACUCUUAUGGCAUCCCAGCACAAGGUAUAUGAACUCGUCGCUGGUACUUGUGAGCGGGACAGUGUACACUCUAAACGUUGUAGCUAUACCUCAGAGACGGAUGGGAGUUAUCAGGAGCUCCUCAAAGCAGUUACUGUGUACGGCACGCUUGGUGACAACGGCGCAGAUGUGAAGAAGAAACGAGCAGAGAUGGACCUGUUGUAUCAUAUAUGUCGAGGCUCGCCACGUACACACGCAGCCUGGCUCGCAGACAGUACGAGGACUCUCCUCCGCCCUGCUACUUUGCGAAGGAUUAUCGACAUUGUCCACUUCGAGUGGCGAGGCCCGGCUGGAGAUGUCGAAUACUGCCCCUGA